AUGCAGGUUCCAUUGCUUCGUCUGCAAUGCGGCGUUAACAGCUACGAUUGGGGCAAAGUCGGCCAGGAGUCGGCUGCGGCCCGAUAUGCCGCCACUACAGCCCCGGCGGAUUUCUCGAUCGAGGCCGAGAAGCCUUAUGCAGAGCUAUGGAUGGGUACCCAUCCUAACCUGCCCUCCAAAGACGUCGAGACUCAGCGCACCCUGCUCGAUCUCGUUCAGGACAACCAGGCUUUGAUGUCCACAGAGAUCAGUGAGCGCUAUGGGGGCCGUCUUCCCUUUCUGUUCAAGGUGCUGUCCAUCCGCAAAGCGCUCAGUAUCCAGGCCCAUCCCAACAAGAAGCUGGCGGAACAGCUUCAUGCGCGUGAUCCUAGAAACUAUCCCGAUGACAACCACAAGCCUGAGAUGACCAUUGCUGUGACGCCUUUUGAAGGACUGUGCGGCUUCCGUCCCUUGGCUGAGAUCGCCCACUUUCUCCAGGCACUCGAACCCCUCCGCAAGCUCGUCGGACUCCAGGCCGCGGGCGAGUUCGAACAGAUUGUGAAGGGUAACGAGGAUUCGGAGGACGAGGCUGUCGUGCAGCGCAACAAGGAUGCGCUGCGCUCGGUAUUCACUGUCCUGAUGGAGUCCUCUCCUGCGGACGUGGAAAGCGCCUGCAAGGACCUGGUUGCCCUGGCGGAGAACUUGCCGGAGAGCUUCGGUACCCUGCCCGGCGAGGUUGAGACUAACCCUACCAACCCGGCCGAGCUGGCUGCAAUUAUCAAGCGUCUCGAUGGGCAGUUCCCCAACGACGUUGGCUCAUUCGUUUUCUUCUUCCUCAACUUCAUCAAGCUCGAACCUGGUGAGGCCAUGUUCCUUAAGGCUGACGAUAUCCACGCCUACGUGUCUGGGGAUAUCAUCGAGUGCAUGGCCUCCUCGGACAACGUCGUGCGAGCUGGCUUCACCCCGAAGUUCAAGGAUGUCCCCACCCUGACCAAGAUGCUGACUUACUCGUACGCCCCCAUUGAAGAGCAGAAGCUGCGGCCUGUGGACUACCCGUAUGUCAUCUUGAACGCGACGGCGUACUCAAGCGCCUCCUCAGCUAUGCUCUACGAUCCCCCAAUUGAGGAGUUCAGCGUCGUCAAGACCGAUCUGAACCGGAUAGGCGCCAAGGCGACCUUCGACCCGCUCGCCGGUCCUAGCAUCUUGAUUUGCACCCGCGGCAAGGGCAAGAUCACCGUUGGCAACAAGACUGAGGAAGUGCGCGAGGGAUACGUCUUCUUCAUUGGUGCUACGGCCGAGUGUAUCAUCGAGAAUACCGGCAGUGGAGAGGGAGAGGACGAUGUCUUCACGACGUACAAGGCGUUCUGUGAGCUGACCGGUAAGGAGGACAUGGUCAAUGGACACUAG